GGAGGGGGUGCUCGAGGAUGACCGCUUCGGUGCAACGAGAUGCGCCUGCGCCCGGGCUUCGGAGUGGUGGCCCACAACCAACAACCAGGACAACCAGGAAAAGAGAUGAGGAUGCCGGCCCAGAUGUGGGAGAAGGCACAGAUGAAUGGAAUCAGUCCAAGACCCUGAUCAAACCCCCAGACCAGUUGGAGCUCACUGAAACUGAGUUAAAAGAAGAAUUCACUCGGAUCCUGACAGCCAAUAACCCACAUGCUCCCCAAAAUAUCGUCAGAUUCAGCUUUAAAGAAGGGACGUAUAAACCUAUAAGCUUUGUAGACCAGCUGGCAGUCCACUUCAGCUUGGUUGGGAACAUGAUCCCCAAAGACUCAGAUGAAGGCAGACGACAAAAUUACAAAGCAGAAAUGGCAUCAGGUUCUCAGGAAGUUGUAGAGGUACAGCCCUCAGAAGCUGAAGGUGGAGAAGGUGGAGAAGGUGGAGAAGGUGGAGAAGGUGGAGAAGGUGGUGAAGGUGGUGAAGGUGGUGAAGGAGAAGCGAAGGAAGCAGAAAGCCAAGGGGAGGUUCUGGGACAUGAAGAAAUGGCAGAAGCGGAAGUGGAAGAAGUUAUUACCCCUAAAAAGCCAAAGGAACGGAAACUCACCAACCAGUUUAAUUUUAGUGAAAGAGCAUCUCAGACGUUCAACAACCCUUUACGGGACCGAGACUGUCAGAUGGAGCCUCCCCCUAGAGCAACCUUCUCUGCCACAGCUAAUCAGUGGGAGAUCUAUGAUGCAUACAUGGAUGAGCUAGAGAAACAAGAAAAGUCCAAAGAGAUGGAGAAGGCAAAAGGCCCAGUGGCUAAAAAAGUUGGGAAGAUGAUGAUGAGGAAGAAGACAUCCUUGGAAUCUCAGAGUGAUGACAUAACCAAGGUGACCCAAGCAGCCAAAAUAGUGGAGCGAAUGGUCAAUCAGAACACUUAUGAUGAUAUUGCCCAAGAUUUUAAGUAUUAUGAAGAUGCCGCUGAUGAGUACCGUGACCAGGAGGGCACCUUGCUUCCUCUCUGGAAGUUCCAAUAUGAUAAAGCAAAGCGCCUGGCCGUGACUGCCCUCUGCUGGAAUCCAAAAUAUAAGGAUCUGUUUGCAGUGGGACAUGGCUCUUAUGACUUCAUGAAGCAAAACCGGGGCAUGCUGCUCCUGUAUACCCUGAAGAACCCCAGCUUCCCAGAAUACAUCUUCAGCAGUGAGUGUGGCAUCAUGUGCCUGGACAUGCAUGUCGAACACCCCUACCUGGUGGCCGUGGGCUACUAUGACGGCAACGUGGCCAUCUACAAUCUGAAGAAGCCCCAUUCACAGCCAUCCUACAAGAGCUCGGCCAAAUUAGGAAAGCACUCGGAACCUGUGUGGCAGGUCAGAUGGCAGAAGGAUGACAUGGACAACAAUCUGAACUUCUUCUCGGUGUCAUCUGAUGGGAGGAUUGUCUCCUGGACUCUGGUGAAGAAUGAGCUGAUGCACACAGACAUCAUCAAGCUGAACGUGGAGGGCACCACGACUGAGGGGCCAGAGGAACUGAAUGUGUACACAAUAGGCUGUGGGACGUCCUUUGACUUCCACAAACAGAUCGACUACUUGUUUCUCGUGGGCACCGAGGAAGGCAAAAUCUACAAAUGCUCCAAAACCUACUCCAGCCAAUUCCUCGACACAUUUGAGGCCCACAAUAUGGCAGUGGAUGCAGUGAUCUGGAACCCAUACCAUUCCAAAGUCUUCAUGUCCUGCAGCUCUGACUGGACAGUGAAAAUCUGGGACCACACUAUCAAGAAGCCCAUGUUCGUCUACGACUUGAAUUCUGCUGUGGGGGAUAUAGCUUGGGCCCCAUACUCCUCAACUGUCUUUGCUGCAGUCACCACUGAUGGGAAGGCCCAUGUGUUUGACCUGGUCAUCAACAAAUAUGAGGCUAUCUGCAACCAGCCAGUGGUGGCCAAGAAGAAAAAUAAGAUCACCCAUGUGAGGUUCAAUGCCAUUCACCCUAUCAUUAUUGUCGGGGAUGAUCGUGGACAGGUCACCUGUCUCAAGCUCUCACCCAAUCUGCGCAAGAUGCCCAAGGAGAAGAAAGGGCAGGAGGUGAAGAGAGGCCCAGCAGUAGAGAUCGCCAAACUGGACAAACUGUUGAACCUCGUGAGGGAAGUGAAGAGCUGAUCUAGCCUGUCUGAAGUCUACAGCCCCUCCACUUCCUGACCUGACCUGGAGCCCUAGGCCUCAGACCAGGCACCAGCCCUGGACAACCCCUUCCCCAAACCUGGCCUCCAUGCCACCCCCGAAAGUUUAGCCCAGAUAUACCCUUCUCCCAAAGUGUUAAGGAAGGCCCACAUAACAGGCAGUGAUCAUGCAGGGCACCUCCCCCCAACCCCACACACCCCAAGCAAAGCCAGUGGUCUCCUUCUUCUGAACCGAAGGAACAAUCCCUGCAGAUGUGCCUGUGGAUACUGUGAAUUACCACCUCCCUUACAGAUAUACAAAAGGUAACAGCCCUCUGGCCCAGGGAUCACCCUCCUGUACCCUCAGUCAAUCCCCUCCUGGACAAAUAAACAGGUCUUGGAGUUCACCCACCUAGCUUUGGGGUUCUUUGCCCUGCCCAGACAUAGACACUCUAAGAAGCAGCUGAACCACAAUGCAGUUUAUUGUUCAGUAAAAACAGCAGUGAAACCCUGGGAGAGGGCACAGAUAUACCCUCCUGGGUUAUUGCAAUGGCUUUGCCCAGGAUGGUCUGCCCACCCACUGAACACACACAUGAUCAGGUGUGGGGUAGGAUGGCACAACUCCCUGCCCCAUGAACCCUAGUGCCAGAGGCUUCCUGGAGGGAGGCUAAAGGUAAGGCUCCACCAGCUUCAGGACCCAGAAGCAAUUCUCAAGAACUCCCAUUCUCCCCAGGAGGGAAUAACUUGGCUUCUGUCCCACCCAUUCCCAGGGGCCAACUGUCUGGUCUGGCCAGCUCCUGUCCUUCCUGCCCCAAAGGGUAGACAGCCUGACCCCAGUCUCCUCCAUUCCUCCCCCCUUUUGCUUCUUGCCCAGAACACAGGCUUACUCAGGAGGCCCCAACCCAGGAGGCAUCAGCCCCAUGGGGGGAGUAGACACGAGAAAAGAGAAGCAGAGGGUGUCCUUGACCCCCCAGGGGCCAGUCCAUGACUCAUGGGAGACAGACAGAGUGAACAGGGAGGUCCUUCCUCUCCCCUUGUCCUUCUAGGUGCAUGAGAUCCUCCUUCCAUGGGGACUCGGCAGUCUGGGCAGGCUAGGUGAUCCCAGGAUGUCAGAUGUCAGGGCUGCAGUAGAUGGCUGCCCUCAUGUCUAGGCUGUGGUUGCUGAAGUUGUUGAGGUUGCUGGGACUGCUGGGGUUGCUGGGGUUGCUGGGACAUGGAUGCCUUCUCAGCACCGGUACACACUGGGUGCACCCGGCAGGCCCGGCACACAAUGGUACAGAGCAGCAGAAGUAAGAGGGCAGCAACACCAUUGAAGGAGAUGGCGAUGAUGGCCCCAGUGGAGAGUCCUGCCCCCAUCGCAGGACAGGGGCUUCCCUUCACCCCCCACAUGCCACCAUGGGCAGCUCAACCCCUGGGCCCCAGCCCAUCCCUGGGGGACUUGGCAGGAAAGACGAAGGCACUGGGAAGGGGGCCCGAGGAAGCAGAAAAGUGCUGUCCCUUGUCGGAUGUCCCACUCACUGCUCCUGCCCUGCUGAGAAGUGUUCACCUUGGCCCGG